AUGAUGAGAGAUAAGACGCUGACCCUAGCGAUGUUCUGCUGUGAUAUGAGAGAAACGGGGCCUGUGCGGGCACAUCCAGGUACAGAGGAUCGGGAAGCUGAGACGAGGCUAGGCACUUGUUUUUUUCCCCAUAUCUGUCUCAUAACAAACCUCACAUUUGUGUUUUCAGUGGAACAUGAUAGGGAGUUCCUACCAGUGCGGCGGCAUCAUCGAGAAUUCCGAUUUGACCUGUCAAAAAUUCCUGAGGGUGAGGUCGUGACAGCUGCAGAGUUUCGGAUGUAUAAAGACUUCAUCCAUGAACGUUAUGACAAUGAGACCUUCCGCAUCAGUGUCUACCAGGUGCUGGAGGAACAUUCUGACAGGGAGUCCGACCUCUUUCUGCUAGACUCUCGGGUAAUCUGGGCAGCAGAAGAAGGCUGGUUGGUGUUUGAUGUGACAGCUACAAGUAACCACUGGGUCCUGGACCCUGGCAGGAACCUUGGCCUCCAACUUUCCCUGGAGAGCAAUAAUGGAGAAAGCGUGAAUCCUCGUGUGGCAGGGUUGAUUGGCCGCAGCGGGCCUCAGAAUAAACAACCCUUCAUGGUGGCCUUCUUCAAAGCCACUGAGGUGCACCUGCGUAGCAUCCGCUCAGCACCAGGGGGCGCAAAGCAGCGAAACCCCAACCGGUCCAAAGGCGCAAAGACCCAAGAGGCGCUCCGAGUUGCAAACAUUGCAGAAAAUAGCAGCGCUGAUCAAAAGCAGGCAUGUAAGAAGCAUGAGCUGUACGUCAGUUUCAGAGACCUGGGGUGGCAGGAUUGGAUCAUUGCUCCAGAUGGGUAUGCAGCAUACUAUUGUGAAGGAGAGUGUGCCUUCCCACUCAACUCCUAUAUGAACGCCACAAACCAUGCCAUUGUUCAAACUCUUGUUCAUUUCAUCAACCCAGAGACGGUCCCUAAGCCUUGUUGCGCUCCCACGCAACUCCACGCCAUCUCUGUGCUAUACUUUGAUGACAGCUCGAACGUCAUCUUGAAGAAAUACCGCAACAUGGUGGUCAGAGCGUGCGGCUGCCACUAGACGGCCAGCACGCUCACGCAGAGACUAACUAGUAGCAAGUGCUGCAUACUCAUCGUACUAUGUGCACGCAGUGUGGACGCUUUGUAAAGGGAGAUGUUUUGAGAGUUUCAACACGGACGGUUUACUAGAAAUAAGAGCUCGCAUUUCUUUUUCAAGGUUGUUUGUGAAGUACAGGAAACGUUCUAAAAUGUGGCUGGGCAGGAAUUUCGUCCAGUGCAAUGCACAUGCACAAACUCACACCCACACUCAUGUUUGUGCUUUCUACUGAGUGAACAAG